CUCAUUCGAUCUCCAGAAUUUUAUUUUUUUAUUGGACAUGAUCGGCGGAAGUUGACAAUCCACGCCGGGCUUGCCCAUAACCUAUCGGCCCCGCUGGAUGCUCUCAUGAACAAUGGUUGCAUGAAAGAAGCGGUAUCCCAAACUGCCACUAUAACUGACGUGGAAGAGGAAACUUUCGUUACAUCAUUUAUAAUAUAA